AACAGAACUACAGCAGAGUCAGACAUGAAUGGACACUCACAAGAUAAGACAUGCUGUUGUCCAAAUGGAAUACACAACUCCUGACCGGACUAUGUAGCUCUUUAAUGGAAUACACUGGAAUGCAGGACUCCUUUGCGGAAUACAUAACUAGUAACCGGAUUACACAACAACCAAGGACAUGCAACUUGCACCAUGGACUCUGAAUCUUUGGACCACUGCAUCCAGACUGCUCUGGCCACCCUCUUCCCGCCAUUCCAGGCCACGUCUCCGACUGUUCUCGGUCAGGUCCUGAGUGUGGUGGAGAGUUGUUACCGCGGCGACGGCGUCCGCUACCUGAUCCACUUCCUGCUCCCUGCCAAGCACUUCCUGCAAAGACUUCAACAUGAUGCCUGUUCUCAGUUUGGUGGCCUGUUGUUUCGUCACGAGGGCUGGCCUCUGUGCCUCCAUGAGAAGAUAGUGGUUCAGCUCAGUCCUCUGGACCGCCACCUCCUACGCCCGGGAGACUUCUACCUGCAGCUCUCUCCUUCGGCACAAGCCGCCGCCUCCAGCCCCCGCCUGCAGGUGUGCAGCGUGUCGGACGGCGGCCAUCAUGUGGAGCGACAGGAAGUGCCGGCGCUAAGCCCGCGGUCCGUCUUCAGCAUGGACUGGCUGGACUCCGUCAACAGGGACAGGGAGCAGCGAGGGAUGCCCAGACUGGAACGCUGCCUCCUGUCCGCUCAGGGAGACGUCUUCAGGGUCCCCUGGGAGGACGUGGUCCAUCCACAGUUCAUCCACCGGCCCCGGACCGCCCCGGCCCUGGCCAGGGAGGAGUUCAGCAACCGGUCACGUGACCUCCCAGGACAGCGAGUCGAGCUACAAACGGACCAAUCAGCUGCCUCCAGUGAGGGGGAGGAGUCUGAGGGCGAGUAUGUGGAGCUUACAGAACUUCAGCUGCCUCGCUUCUCCCCACAAAAAGGUUCCUUGACACAAUCCAUCAGCCUGCAGCACCAAGCCAGACGCAGCGCACGUACACACACUACCAACACAGUCACACACUCUCCGACAAGUGAUCACACACACAAGCACAACGCCACAAGUGAUCACAAACACACUACCGACACAAACACACACUCUCCGACAAGUGAUCACACACACAAGCACAAUGCCACAAGUGAUCACAAACACACUACCGACACAGAUACACACUCUCCGACAAGUGAUCACACACACAAGCACAAUGCCACAAGUGAUCACAAACACACUACCGACACAGACACACACUCUCAUGCAAGUGAUCACACACACAAGCGCAACGCCACAAGUGAUCACAAACACACUACCGACACAAACACACACUCUCCGACAAGUGAUCACACACACAAGCACAAUGCCACAAGUGAUCACAAACACACUACCGACACAAACACACACUCUCCGAGAAAUGAUCACACACACAAGCACAAUGCCACAACUGAUCACAAACACACUACCGACACAGACACACACUCUCCGACAAGUGAUCACACACACAAACACAAUGCCACAAGUGAUCGCGUACACGCUGCCGACACAGACACACACUCUCUUGCAAGUGAUUUCACACACACUGCUAUGGUUGGUCACACAAACACACAUUCACAUACAAGUGAUCCAGCAAACACACACACUGCUGAAAGUGCUGACACAAAGACAUACACAGCUCCAAGGAGUCACAAAAACACACACUCUCCUACAAGUGAUCACACACACACCGCGGACACACACACCGUUACCGGUGGUCACACAAACACGCACAUUAAUACAAAUGAUCACACAAACACACCUUCUCCUACAAGUGAUCACACUUACACACACACUGCUACAAGUGGACGGACACACACUGCUGACACAAACAAACACAUUGCUGCAAGUGAUCACACAAACACCGCGGACACAAACAAACACAUUUCUACAAGUGAUCACGUAAACACACACACUGCUACAAGUGGACGUACACACAUCGCUGACACAAACAAACACAUUUCUACAAGUGAUCACGCAAACACACACACUGCUACAAGUGGACAUACACACAUUGCUGACACAGGCAAACACAUUGCUACAAGUGAUCACGCAAACACACACACUGCUACAAGUGGACGUAUGCACACUGCUGACACAAACAAACACAUUGCUGCAAGUGAUCACGCAAACACACACACUGCGGACACAAACAAACACAUUGCUGCAAGUGAUCACGCAAACACACACACUGCUACAAGUGACCACACUUACACAAACACUGCUACAAGUGGACGUACACACAUUGCUGACACAAACACACACAUUAAUACAAAUGAUCAGACAAAUACACCUUCUCCUACAAGUGAUCACACUUACACACACACUGCGACAAGUGGACGUACAUGCAUUGCUGACACAAACAAACACAUUGGUAAAAGUGAUCACGUAAACACACACACUGCUACAAGUGGACAGACACACAUUGCUGACACAAGCAAACACAUUGGUACAAGUGAUCACGCAAACGCACACACUGCUACAAGUGGACAUACACACACUGCUGACACAAACAAACACUUUGCUGCAAGUGAUCACACAAACACACCUUCUCCUACAAGUGAUCACACUUACACAAACACCACUACGGACGAUCACACAAACGCACACUAUUCUACAAGUGGUCACACAAACACACACACUCCUACAACUGAUCACACAAACACAGCUUCUCCUACAAGUGAUCAUACUUGCAUAAAUACACAUUAUUCUUCAGGUUCUCACACAAACACUGCUGAAAGUGGACAUAUACACAAUGCUGACACAAACAAUUGCAUUGCUAAAAGUGAUCACACAAACACACACACUGCUGCUACAAGUGAUCACUCGCACUUAUCCUCCCUGCCGGGUGUUCAAGCCUGCAGUAGAGCAAGCGUGCUCCCGCCCCUCUCCAGCUGUCAAUCACAGGAUGCGAUCCCUGGUCGCCAUCCAAACACGGGCGCUCCAACAGGAAGGCGUGGCGAGGGCAGAGAGGCGGAAGCUCAAAUGUCAGUUGAUGCUGGUAAAGAAGAGAGAGAAGAACGUUUAGUGGCUGCUGGGAAGGAGAAGGAGAAGGUCCCGGAAAGAGAGGAGAGACAAGAUGGAGAAGGAGCAGUAAUGGUGGAGCUAGAAGAGGAAGUUGAGCUUAUAAUAGUGCAGCACAAUCAAGCAAUUACACGCAAUGAAGAAGGAGAGCAGGAAGUCAAAGGAGGAGAAGGUACAGAGAGAGCGAGUGGACCAAUGUUCUCAACUGAGGAAACUCUUGAUGAACACAUAGCUGGACAGCCCAUACAUGCUGAGGACUCUUAUUCUGAAAAGCUCACAGAACACAUACACACUAAGGACUCUUGUUCUGAAAAGACGACAGAGCAAACACACGCUGAGGAAAAGAUUACUGAACCCACGCACACUGAAAAUUCUUAUUCCGAAAAGAAUAUAGCGCACAUAUACCCUAAGCACUCUUAUUGUGAAAAGCCAACAGAGCACAUAAUCACGGGGGGCUCUUAUUCUGAAAAGCUUCCGGAACCCCCCCACAACGAGGACUCUGACAGCUGUGCCGGACGCACAAAUGUCGGCGGCUCUUGUUCUGAAAUCCGUUCUUCGCCCAUCACGGAACGCGUGCCCACUGGAGACUCUUACACUGAAAAGCCUCAGCACUCUUGUUGUGAAGGGCUCCCCGUACACGCACAGAGUGAGGACUCUUAUUCGGAAGAUGCGACGGUGGCGUCGACUUUAGAGUCAAACUUGAGCACGUCCCAGGCGGUUUCCAUGACGACAACACCAGUAUCUCCCCAACCUCAGCAACACCGAGAAGAGGCGGUGGAGGGCAUUAAUGCAGGUUUUCUGUCGACUGAUUCCAGUCCAGCAAAACCUCAAGAAACAUCCGACUUGUCGGUACCGGACGAGUCAGCUGUUCCCACAUCCCACAUCAAAGUCAGCCAGACCUCAGAGUCCUCCCACUCCUCUGGAUCCUCCAGCCUGGUUGGGUUCUCUGAGAGUUCAUCCUAUUCGUGUAGAUCCUUCCAGUCUGGCUUCAGCAGGUUGCUGUUAAAGUCUGGAGUUGUUUGCUUGCCUGGAAGCAGAAGUCGGAGUGGCCGCGCUCUGGUGACAGUGUGCGCCGGGGACACGGUGUGGUCCAAACCGGAAUGUGACGGCUUUGAGUUGCUCCGCCUGCUGCGCUACUACACCACCACGCUCAGCGACGGCGUGCGAGCUUUGGGUCUGACCGUGCUGGUGGACGCCCGGAAGGCCGCGCCUGUGCCCGCCCUCUUCUCUGCCCUCAGGUCCAUGCAGGAGGACGUCCCAGGCUCUGUCCACACUGUCUUACUGCUCAUCAACAAGGACACGUCUCUGCAUGUGGACAAAGCUGCAGGUCCACAGGUAGAGGUGUUAAACUCCCUCAAGGCUCUUCAGAAGCAUGUGGACCUCCAUCAGCUUCCUGUCCAGUUUGGAGGUUCUUUCUCCUUCAGUCACAGCAGUUGGCUGACCUUCAGAUUGAGAGUGGAGCAGCUGACCAAUCAGUGUAAAAAUGUCAUCCGCCUGCUGCAGAAGAAUAUCAAUAUCAUGGAGGCCACAGCCCUCCCUGCUGCUGCUGAGGAGGCCGAGCAGCUGUUGUCCACCUACAAAGACAUGAUGUGCACCAUCCUCCAAGACAGACAACUGGUCCAGCUGCAGCAAGAGGGCGGAGCCUCAUUGUCACGCCUGCGCAGGGACGAGGCAGGCGUCGGCGUGACGAAGGACUACGUGGCGGCCGUGGACGCCGUGUCUCGUUUGUACGAGCAGGUGGACGAGCUGCUCCACCGCCUGGUGACCUUGUCCAACAGCAGGAUUCAGGAGAUGCACUUCAUUGUGGACUUCAAGGGUCUGGAGGAGGGCUUUGCUGAGGUGAGGUCGUGGGUGGAGGAAGUGGGCGAGGUGCAACUCAAGAGUCUGAGCCAAUCCGAGGACUCGCUGGACGCUCUGAACCAGAAACAGCUGGAGUUCAAAGACUUCUACUCCUCCGCAUACGAUCGCUGUAAACAAGGCCAGGUGUUGCUGAGUCGUCUGGAGCAUUGGGGCCACGUCUCCUCAGCUGACCUCCAUGUCUACGCCGAUAAAGUUCGCUCCUUCUGGGCUCAGCUUCAGGAUUUCUCCCAGCGGGUCAACGCCACCGGCCGCAACAUCGAUAAGGCUGUCCGAUUGUAUCGCUUCCUGGACCAGGCGUACGGCUGGGCCAUCAAGGGGCGCCACCGUCUGGCCGGUAUCACCGUGGACAAGAGCAUGCUGCCGGAACAAUGCCGGGCCGCGAUUGGCGCCCUGGAGGAAUACCGGCACCAGCAUCCGCCGAUCCCUGAGGCUCAAUUCCAGGAGAUGAAGGCGUUGGCGGGCGAGCUUGGCGACGAGCGAGGCGUGCGCCAGUGGAACUUUGCCUGGUCCAAGUGUCAGGAGGCCAAGUCCAUGUUCGACAGGAAGAUGGCCGAGGCGCUAUCGGCUCAAGAGUCCGCUCACAUGCGGCACUCGGACUCCGCCGACAACAUAAGUCCCACCUCUACAGAGACGGUCUCUAGUGAGACCGCCUCAAGUCCCCCCCAGGAGGACUCCAGUCCCUCCUCGGCCCCCGCCAGUCCUCAGCACACGCCCCUGCUCCAGCGUUUAUUUGGCAGCGAGGCGUCCUUCAGCAGGCCCCGCGUCAACUCCUCCGCUUGCCACACCCCCUCCUUCUCCUUCUCCAGCAGACGUCAGCUACUCAGGAAGACUCACAGUUUCGACUGUCCCGCCACCCCCGAGGCGACCCGCUACUACUGCCCCUCCCCGCGCACGCUCAGCGAGCCGGCACGCAGAGGCAACACGGGCGUCUUCAUCCGCGGUUUGGAGGUCAGCAGCACCGAGGCGUCAGACCGCACCCUCUGUCCCCGGACCCCCGCUCCGGGCUGGGGGUCCCGCAACCCAGGGACACCGGGGAGCCUCCGAGGCUCUGAAACCCAACCCGCGGGAAGUAAACUCCGCCACAUCGUGGAGGAGAUGGUGACCACCGAGCGCGAAUACGUGCGCUCUCUCCGUUACAUCAUCCAGCACUACUUCCCCGAGAUGGACCGGGCCGACCUGCCUCAGGACCUGCGGGGAAAACGCUCCGUGGUCUUCGGGAACCUGGAGAAGCUUCUGGACUUCCACAGUCAGUUCUUCCUCAAAGAGCUGGAGGCCUGUUGGAAACAUCCGCUGCGAGUGUCCCAGUGCUUCCUCAGACACCAGGAACAGUUCAGUCUGUACGCUCUGUACAGCAAAAACAAGCCAAAGUCGGACGCCCUCCUGGCCAACCACGGACUCGCCUUCUUCAAGAGGAAGCAGCUGCAGCUGGCCGACAAGAUGGACUUGUCCUCCUACUUGCUGAAGCCCAUCCAGAGGAUGAGUAAAUACGCCCUGCUGCUCACCGACCUCAUCAAGGAGGUGGGCGCCACCCAGGAGGCGGAGCUCCACUCGCUGCAGUCGGCCACCGCCAUGGUCAAGUUCCAGCUCCGCCACGGCAACGACCUGCUCGCCAUGGACGCCAUCUGCAACUGCGACGUCAACCUGAAGGAGCAAGGCCAGCUGAUCCGCCAGGACGAGUUCACCGUGUGGAGCGGGAGGAGGAAAAGCCUGCGUCGCGUCUUCCUGUUUGAGGAGCUGCUCCUCCUGAGCAAGGCCAAGAAGAUGGAGGGCGGCCUCGACGUCUUCAUCUACAAGCAGUCCUUCAAGACGGCGGACCUGGGCCUGACCGAGUCGGCGGGAGACAACGGGCUACGCUUUGAGAUCUGGUUCCGAAGGAGGACCACCAAGAACCAGGCGCUGACGCUGCAGGCCGCCGCCGCCGAGGUCAAGCACGCGUGGACCGGCGACAUCACCCGCAUCCUGUGGACGCAGGCCACCAGGAACAAAGAGGUGCGUCUGAAGGAGAUGGUGUCCAUGGGCGUUGGCAACAAACCUUUCCUGGACAUCCAGCCCAGCGCCGCCGCCAUCAGCGACCGCGCCGUGCACUACAUCACCAAGACCCGAGGAGCCAGAACGCGAGCGUCCAUCGCCGUGUCCGUCUUCGACCACUCCAACCCUUUCAAACGUGCAGCGGUGACCUCCGACCCCUCGUCGUCCAGCCUGCUGGGCUCACUCAACCUGCACGUCUUCAGGUACGAGGCGCCGGGCGGCGAGCAAGUCGCCGCGUCGUCCUCCUUCGGCAGCAGCACGUCGUCGUCGGCGACGGGCGACGCCUCUUUCGUGGCGCCGUGCGUGGAGGAAGACGAGCAGGAGACCGCCAGUCAGCCCUCCAUGACCACGGAAAGUUCCGGCUCGUCCUCUCGCUGUCUCUCAGGAUCCACCGGCUCGGACUCCGGCUGCGUCUCCUCCAACCUCCACGAGGCGCUGCACGAGGAGCCCAGCGCCGCCUCUUCUUGCUCCUCCCACAAACGCGUCGCACCUGGGUCAGCGCCCGUCAUCGGACCAGCAACCAUGGUGUGACCUGCUCACCAACUCUCCUUGACCAGAGGCGCCCCAAUCACUUCCUGUAACCACCUCUCGUUGCCGUGGCGACCACCAAUCAGCGUGCCAGCUCCCUCUGGUGGGGGAACUUUGACAGGUCCGUUUCUCUCUCCCACAAUUAAAGCUGGUCCCUGAACGCACCACUUCUGUGUUUGGGCGGCGUCGCGUGUGUUGUACAUAAUGCUGCCACUUUUCUUACUUGAAAUUUCAACAACAAAAAAAAGUUUGUUAGAAACUAA